AACCCCUUUCUGAUGGCCCACUGGAAGAGGCUUCCAUCAUAUCCGCCAACGGAGCCACGGUCAAGCAAGUGUUGCAAGCCGAGAUGGACCUCGAUGAAGACCCUAAUGUCAUCCCUGAGGAUCAUUUGGAAGAAGCAUCCUGUCCCGAUUAUCGACAGGAAGACGCUGCCAUCAAAGCUGCCAAAGAAGCCAAGGUCAAGCGAGUGCUGCAAGUAGAGACUGAUCUCGCUGAAGACCCAGAUGCCCUCCUUGAGAUGAACGAGGAGACUUUGGAAAAGGCAAAGAAAAGGUCAACGGAGUCUGGAACUCCCUACUGAACUGGGUU